AUGGCCUCCCAGAUGAGCCUAAUUAUUGUCACAUUUCUUGUGAUUAAUCUCACGAUUAACAACGGAGCUCUGGCCUUGAAAUGUUAUUCCAAUGAAGAGGUAGGCAACAGGUUCGUGGGGAACCAACUUUUUUUAAGACUCCUUAAUUUUUUAUCACUUUUUUUGUAAAAUUGGGAGUCCUGUAGGGGAUCUUUGAACACUCCAACUCCUUGUCAUAAGGCAUUUGAAAGAGUUUUUAUCGCUCUAACAUAUUUCCUCCAAUCUUCAGCUCGUUUGCCAAGUCUGCCAAAUUUACCGCCUAUUGUUGGGAAGUAAAUUGGCAAAGUUCUUCAGAAAUAUCAAGCAUUCCCAAUAAAGGCGUGUACAAACUGAAUUAGCGGUAUUUCAAUAGAGGUGUCAAUCAGCCGGGUUACAAAGUUGCCAACUUUAUCUAAGGAACCUUUGACAUGGGAAAUCAUCGUCUCUCUCUAUACAUAUGUUGUAGUCACUCGUAAGACCGUAUCCGUGUUCGAAUACCGUAACUUGAAAUUGAUAAAACCUUAAAAAAGGCUUGCGACUCGCUCGGUCCCAGCAUCCUUCUGUCGAGAUGUCAGCAGGCCGACAGACUGAAUCGAGUUUCAUAGACCGAGUUUCAUGGACCGCCAGAUAUCCUUUCAUCAAAAGGGUAUCCACAAUUUUUGAUGUCAGCACGAUGAAAAUAUAUUUUUUCGUGAACCUUAUCAAAAGUUAAUAUACGGAUAAAAAAUCAAAAAUUUGUAAUAUUUUUGCCAUAUUGUGGUUAAAAGAACAGCAAAGUUUCUCUAAGGUCAUGCCAGGAUUCCUGACAUUUUUAGCCGAGCAACUAAUGGCUUGUGUAGGGACCGAAUACUAGUCGUUCCAGAAAGUGCGUGCACUUUUUUCCGCCUUUUUUGCACCGCACAGUGCAAAAUUUCGUGUUCCCCGCGCGACGCCAUCCGUUUCGAAACAUUUUGCACUGUGCAAUUUCUAAAAAAUCGCGCCGGUUCCGUUAACUGAUCAAUCUAUUUUUCCAAUGUCACCUUGGCAAAUCUCGGCCGCGCCCUGCCGUGGACUCGGCCAGCUGAGGCCACAACUUCAUAGCACGCCCAGUGAUGACGUAGCUGUGUCUUACAACCUCCAGCAUAGCUUUAGCGCUACAAUUGAGGCCUAUUUCUUAGUUUAUAUGAGCCCAAGGGAUAUUGGAGUUGGAAACUCGGAGGAUAUAUCCGCCCUUGCCCUGCUGCAAUGGUAGACCUUUUUUCCCAGAACGUUUAGACGUGUUAUAGGCGUCGGGUUAGUCAUUUAGUUACUGGCAAACUCUGUCCGAACGGCCUACCUGAGCUAAAAGAGGCACUUUUCUGAUUCUGGUACAUUAGCCAGAAGAGGUUCAAAAACAUUGACCAGAGUAUUCCCGGCUAUUUAAUCGACGUUAUUGAAGCCUCAGACAACGUAACUAAACAUUGGUUAUUGUUAUUCAGUGAUUUAAUUAGGCUAGUUAACCAACUUCGUAAGUGCGGUUAUAAUUUUGUCGCAUAGAAAAUCAUCAAAAUUUUGGUUUUUCAAUUUUUUUCCAAAUUGGGGAAAUUUCCCGAAAUAAUUUUUUGGCACAUGAUGCGUGAGACAUUAUUGCAUAUUGGAGCCAAAUAUGACACAUUUCUAUUGACAACCAAAAAAGUUACAGCAAUUUCUAAAAUGCGGUUAUAAUUUUGUCGCGCACUGUAUUUUUAUUGUCAAUAUUUACACCCAUUCCUUACUCCUACUCAUGCCGUAUUUCAACAAUAUUUUAAGUAAUUCCUAGUUCACAAAGUUUUUAGACACCUUAAUCCACUUAAAUAUUUAUUACAAAAUUUAUAUUUGUAAAACUUUCAUGUCAAUUUUUAAUUUUUUAUUCAUGGAGAAUAACUGUUUAAAAGGCUAAUUUUCAAACAAUUCCCGGCAAUUUUUUAAAGCUUUUCUAUCAGUCUGAAAAUUAAGAAAUUGAAGGCAGUAGUGCGGAGGACAAAAGGAAUUGUAAAUUCCGGUCUCACCGCGAAAACUCGUUCGAAAGAAGUCAACUGUGCAUAAAUUACUUUCAGGGUCACUUGUCGUUGGUCGACGAUGACUUCGAAUUUUGCGCACUGAUACCGCCGUCAUCCGAAAACGCGUCCGAUAAGAAGGCGCAGAUGUACGGUAUUCCCAGCGACGACAUCGGAUCAGAGGACCGGCUUCGACUACUUACUCGGAACUCCUAUCAAGUGAUUUCUUCGUGCUUUACAGAGGUAUGUAAAGGACGUCUAAUCUCAUUCCGACAAAGGCCUCUUAAUUGAAUUUACACGUACUUUUGAUGACAAACUCGAUUAUAUUUGACUCAUUAACUCCAUUUGCAGAGAUACGACAUGCUCGGGCUAGUGGCCAAGGCCGGCGGGAUGGGCGUGGAUGAGGCCGCGGAUACGGUACUCGGCUCCCAAGGCGUCUCUUACAUUACGAGAUGCGUUUGCAACUUCGAUGGAUGCAAUUUGGCACGGACGGCGACACAAUUCUUGACAAAACGGAAGGUCAAGUAG